UGGGAACCCAACCCACAGGAGAUGAAGCUGGUCAUGUGGUAAAACAAGAUGGCGUCUCUAGCCUGAUGGAUCAUGCGUUGUGAUCGACAAAGAUCUGAUUACUUUAACAAGAUCUGGUGAAUGACGUGAGGCUGGAAGUUAUCAUAUCGUCAAUGCCGUUGCAGUGAGAGGCUUUGUCCACACACACACGCACCAACACACACACCAUAGGAAUUGCAGCAGUAAAAUGGCUCUAACUGUUUUUGAUAAUGAUGAAUACAGACCUCCUGUGUGGAAAUCAUACUUGUACCAGUUACAGCAGGAAGCACCCCAUCCUAGACGGAUCACAUGCACCUGUGAGGUAGAAAACCGCCCCAAAUACUAUGGAAGAGAGUACCAUGGUAUGAUUUCAAGAGAAGCAGCUGAUCAGUUGCUUAGUGUUGCAGAAGGCGGUUACCUCAUUCGGGAAAGCCAGCGACAGCCUGGAACCUACACAUUAGCUUUACGAUUUGGAAACCAAACGAGAAAUUUCCGCCUCUACUACGAUGGCAAACAUUUUGUUGGGGAAAAGCGAUUCGAGUCCAUCCACGACCUGGUGACUGAUGGGCUGAUCACUCUCUAUAUAGAAACCAAGGCAGCGGAGUACAUUGCAAAGAUGACAAUCAAUCCAAUUUAUGAGCACAUCGGAUACACCACGUUAAACCGAGAGCCAGCGCACAAGAAGCAUGUGCCAGUCCUUAAAGAAGCACCAGACGGGAAAGAACCGCUGGCAGAAGAUGCCAACCUGGAGGAGAGGCUGACUUCGCUGGUUAGGAGAGCCACUCUGAAGGAGAACGAGCGAACUCCUAAAUAUGAAAAAGUCCACAAUUUCAAGGUUCACACGUUUAGGGGGCCUCACUGGUGUGAAUACUGUGCCAACUUCAUGUGGGGUCUCAUUGCUCAGGGAGUGAAAUGUGCAGACUGUGGUUUAAAUGUUCACAAGCAAUGUUCCAAGGUGGUUCCAAAUGACUGCAAGCCAGACCUGAAGCAUGUCAAAAAGGUCUACAGCUGUGACCUUACCACGCUGGUAAAAGCCCACAACACAAAGCGGCCAAUGGUGGUAGACAUGUGCAUACGAGAAAUCGAGUCUAGAGGUCUGAAGUCAGAAGGGCUGUAUAGAGUAUCAGGGUUCAGUGACUUAAUAGAAGACGUCAAGUUGGCAUUCGACAGAGAUGGCGAAAAGGCAGAUAUUUCUGUGAAUGUUUAUGAAGAUAUCAAUAUUAUCACUGGUGCACUUAAACUGUACUUCAGGGAUUUGCCCAUUCCCGUGAUCACAUACGAUGCCUACCCGAGAUUUAUUGAAGCUGCAAAGCUCACAGACCCUGAUGAGCAGCUAGAGGCCCUUCAUGAAGCACUGAAGCUUUUGCCACCUGCACACUGUGAAACACUGAGGUAUCUCAUGGGGCACUUGAAGAGGGUGACUCUCAAUGAGAAGGACAGUCUCAUGAAUGCUGAGAACCUGGGGAUUGUGUUUGGUCCCACCCUGAUGCGAGCACCAGACCUGGAUGCAAUGGCAUCUCUCAAUGACAUUCGCUAUCAGAGACAGGUGGUGGAGUCCCUGAUAAACAAUGAGGACAUUUUGUUUUAAAAAAAAGUGUACUGAACUCAAUGGAUGAAGGAAAUAUGUUUUUUUUGUUAGAUUCAGCUUUGAGGCUGAAAUGUUAAUUGUUGUUUUGUUUUUUGUUUUUUUUUGCAUAGAGACUUGAAAAGGAAGGAAAGUUUUUAUUGUAAUUUCACACUCCAAUGGACCUGAUAAAAAGAGACCUUUUUCCCCCCUAUUGCUGGGUGUGGAUUAUGUAUUUAAAGCUAACCCUGUUGCAUGACUGACUCCCCAUUUUUGUCGGGGGUUGUUUUACAGAAAUGGACCAAACUUGGCGGAGUUUCUUUAUUUUGGAUAGGUGUAAUUCAGCAUGUGUUUAAGUAUGUGAAGUCGUAAAGGUUGUGACUUGGCUUUUCUCUUGUCCUGUGAAUGUAGUUCAUAUUGCAAUAUGGGCAGAUUUUGUAAAACACUAUAUCUGGAUGUUACAUAGAUACUGUAUUAAGUUCUUUUACCCUGUAUUUGAUUUGUUUUUUUAUAUUUUCUUUUGGGUCAAGCCUCUUUCUAACAGAAAUAAAGUAAUCUUGUGUACUCUCAAUGUUAACUGAAGUAACCCUGUCUUCACAAGCUGUUGCACUGCAUGUGCAACAUUUUGUUAUUGUUUAGUUGUAAGUUUUUUGCAUUUGGUUUCCGCAUGCAUAUGCUAUAUAUAUAUAUAUAUAUAUAUAUAUAUAUAUAUAUAUAUAUAUAUAUAUAUAUAUAUAUAUAAAUAAUUAAUUUAUUAAAUCUUGAUUUCAAGAAUCAUAUGUGUUGUGUUGAACUUUAUGAUGUACAUCAUAUACAAGCUCCCAAGUUUGUUGAUUAACCAGGCUGUUAAAUACAUAAUUUAACAGAGGCAUUAUAAAUAGCUUGUAUUACUGUACAUCUCAACGUGUGGCAGACAUCUUCCCCAGCAUAGAACACGUGACAAAAUUCUAAAGGUUAAAAACAACUAUUUAUGUUUGAUAAUAGUUUGAGUACAACUUAGUUUAUAUGGUGUGUAAUAAGUUAAAACGUUGUGUGUAUGGUGUCUCUUAUCACAAGACAUCAUUUUUCACAGUAUCAGCAGCUAGGACCUAAACUUUACAUCACUUCUACUAUAAGAGACAACACACAGACAACAUAUUAGCUUAUACAAUACAAUACCAUAUAUUGACAUCAUAACAUAUGUAUUUAUGUAUUAAACCACAAAUAAGCCCACAUCCUUUUACCACCCUUGUCAUUGUAUUCAUAUGAAACAGAGAUUACUUCUUUAUAAAUGACUUAUUUUUUAAAUAACAAUACUCACCUGUAUAUGCUUUCUAACACUGCUGUUAAUUAAGAUUGUUUUGAGGGGAAAUAAACCUGUUCCACAGA